AUGGCCUCAGAUUUGGAGCAAGCCCAGUACCCCGUAGUCCCACAGUACACCCCACAAGACCCCCAGAGGGAUGCGGUCGUAAGCCUUCUCCAUGUCCACAAAACACAUGUAGAGUGGAUGGGCAAACUUCCACGACCCCUCAAGCAGCUUCGCAAGGUAACUGGGCUGCCCUGCACUCAGCUGUUCCCCUCUCAGUCGCCCCCUUCAAAUGAGCUGCUGACCCUGUUCAACCCUGCGCUCAUCAGGCCUCUCUCAGAUGAAACAAACCUGUAUGCUCCUCAGUUUGUUCAACACAGCUCACUGGUGGAGCAGGCAAAGGAACUGUCCCUCCACCUUCAAAACAAUCAGGUCAUUGACGUGGAGAGAGACUGGAAGCUGGUCCUUCUUUUUGUUCAGGUGGAUCAGCUCUGUGCCUGUGAGCAGCAGCAGGUUGAGUCUGUUAUCAAAGGCGUGGUUGAAGAGGUAAAUGAUGCUCUGCAGCUGCUGCACUCUCAGCUGAAGCGGACCAUCGUCAGUGUUGCACUGUGGGACGAAGAGAGCGACAGUUUCCACCACAAGAUGUGUCGAUGCAUGGACACAAACAGUGACGGAGAGGCCAGACUUCAGAGAGCCAUGCUGAGUCAUGCUCUGCAGGAGUCUUUGGAUAAACUCAUGGUAGAGAGACGCUGGUACAGUGACAGAGAUGACUUCACCGUCAUCGUGCAGGACACUCCUAUGAUCACAGACCUUUCAUCUGCCUCUAGUGGGAAGCCUCUGUCUGAGUCACAAGCGUCACAGCAAACUGAUAAACUGAUGGUGCAGAUGUGGACGAACCUGCUGCAGCCCACAAGCGACCAACAUGACACAGAAGACAAUGGAAACAUCAUCACACUGCCGUGUCCAACUGAGGACCGACCAUUCCUGAGGACGGAGGGAAACUCUCCUUUAAAUCACCACAGUGAUGCCUCUCCUCUCCUUCAACCAUUUACAGGCACAGAGAUACCCUGCGAGGACGUCAGCCCCUCACCCUCCACACCCACCUCAGUCCAUGAACUCAGACCUGCAGACAUCAAAGUGGUGGCUGCUGUGGGAGACUCUCUGACAGCAGGGAACGGUAUCGCAUCCAACCCGAGCAACGUCCUGGACGUCCUGAGACAGUACAGAGGUUUAUCCUGGAGUAUUGGUGGAGAUGAAAACAUCACGACUGUCACCACGCUGCCCAACAUAUUAAAACAUUUUAAUCAACACCUGGUGGGCUACUCUGAAGGAAUGGGCAAGCAGAACACUCCUCAGGCUUUUCUUAACCAGGCUGUCGCUGGAGCGAAGAGCAAGGACAUACCAUCACAGGUGCGAACCCUGGUAGCAAGGAUGAAGAAUGACUCUAGAAUCAAUUUUAAGUCAGACUGGAAGAUGAUCACCCUUUUUAUUGGUGGAAAUGACAUCUGCGACCACUGCUAUAACUCUCUGUUUUACUCUAAAGAGAAUUAUAUUCGUAAUAUUCGUGACGGCCUGGAUUAUCUGCACAAAGCGGUGCCUCGUGCUCUGGUGAACUUAAUAGAGCCUCUCCAUAUCACCCCACUAAGAGAAAUGCACUUCAACGCUUCACUUAAAUGCCCGACAUGGCUGGUAAAGAUUCUGUGUCCUUGUGUUAUCUUGCCAAAGCCCAACUCUAAAGCUCUGCAAAAGGUGGAGGAGAUCAAUAGGAGCUAUCAGAGUUUACUGCAUGAGCUUGUGGAGUCAAGCCGGUACGACACUCGCCCAGACUUCACUGUGGUCACCCAGCCUUUCUUCAGAGAUAUUAACUUCCCCAGACUGCCGGAUGGCCGUCCUGAUCGCUCCUUCUUCAGUGCUGACUGCUUCCAUCUCAGCCAGAAGGCCCAGACGCUGAUGGCUCGCUCCAUCUGGAACAACAUGCUGGAACCUCUGGGCAAUAAGACUACUGUGCAGGACUUUAAUGCAAACCCUGACCUGAAAUGUCCGACCAAGACGUCCCCUUACAUCCGGACCUUUAACAACAGCAACUACAUAUAUGCUGGUCCCUCUCCAACGCCUGAACCUAUCAAAAAUUGGGGAAGUGACUUCUCCUGUGUGGACGUUGCUCCGUCUGACACCAUGCCAACUUCAGUUCAUAAGCUGAGACCAGCAGACAUCAAGGUGGUGGCGGCACUGGGAGACUCCUCAACGGCAGGCACUGGCGCCAAGGCAAAGAACCUGCUCAGCCUCCAAACAGAGUAUAAAGGAGUAUCAUGGAGCAUUGGAGGGGAUAGCACUCUGGAUAAGGUCACAACACUACCAAACAUCUUGAAGAGGUUUAACCCCACCUUAAAGGGCUUCUCCAGGGGCCAGGGCUCCAGACAAAAGGCCUUCAACAUGGCUGUACCUGGAGCUAAGACCUCCGAGAUCCCAGCACAGGUCCGAACUCUCAUCAAGGCCAUGAGAGAACACAAGGAGGUGAAUUUUGAAAAGGACUGGAAACUCGUGACAGUAUUCGUUGGAGUAAAUGAUCUGUGCCAUUACUGCUUAGACCAAAACAAUCUGUCACCCAAGAACUACAGUCACAAUCUAAUGCUCAGUUUGGACAUGUUGCACAGAGAGGUACCAAGGCUGCUGGUUAACGUUGUGACGAUCUUGCAGAUAGAUCCACUGAGAUCGAUUAAGAGGAACACGCUUGGCUGUUCCCUCCUGCAGAGAACCAACUGUCCCUGUGUUGUCAACCCAGCGGAGAACUCCCCAGAGCUUGGAGAGAUAAAACGAAUCAAUCGCGAGUAUCAGGCUGAGAUUCAGCAUCUUAUUUCUGGAAAUCGCUAUGAUGGAAAAGAAGACUUUGCAGUUGUUCUUCAACCCUUUUUACAGAACACCUUCAUCCCUCAUAUUGGAACGGGUGAGCCUGACACGAGUUUCUUCUCCGUGGACUGUUUCCACAUCAGUGAUCGAGCUCAUGCUGAGAUGGCCAUAGCUCUGUGGAAUAACAUGUUGGAGCCUGUAGGCAGAAAGCAGACCUACAACAACUUCACGUAUGACCGCUCCAAGAUCAACUGUCCCUCUGAGGUCAAUCCCUUCAUCUUCACCAAGAUCAACAGCCUACCAAGUUCACCAGUGAUCCCUACCACCACAACCAAAGCUCCUGUCUACACUCCUUCCACACACUCCACACUCACCACUACCACCCACAGCUCCACUCCUACACCAACCAUCCUGCCCAAGUGUCCCUCCUCUAUGCCGGUGUGGGUGCCAGUGAUUGUGGGGAUUGUUAGUUUACUUGCUGGUGUUGUUCUCGCCUGGCUAAUUCUCUCCUGCUGUCAGCGUCAGAUGAACAAAGGGGAGAAAUUAGAAAUGAAAGGAACUGGUUUUUAAUGCAGUCAUUCCUAUGAAGCUGUUUUUGUCGACAGUAUAUUUAAGCCUUAAAGCUGCAUCAAGCAAUUUUUGACCACUAGAGGGCAGAAAGUGGACUGCAGAAGAAACACCCAGCAUAUGUGAUGUGUGAUAUGUCAUUACAGUCCUCUGAAGUCCAAUAUUCAGCUGGUUUGGUCCACCAAUUCCUGAAAUGAAUGCUGGAUAUUUGUUUCACUGGAGGCAGGUAGUGAACAGUCAGCGUGUCUGAAGUUUUGUUGGGGGAGCAGCUGUCCAUCGUUCUAUUUGAGGGGUGUUAGUGUGAGCUGUUCUUCUACUUCUGACAUAAUCAUCUAGAAAGCUGCAUAGAGCUGCAGACUGGGAGCCUGUUCACGUUAUACACACUGCUGUGAUUAUAUUGUUUGUAUAACAAUAAUUAACCUAAUGGUGC